AAGAUACGAAAAGUGAAGUGCGAUGAGACCCGGCCAGCUUGUCGACGCUGUAUCAUCGCAGGCAGGACCUGUGACGAGUACGGGAUUUGGGCUUCCCGAGAUCGCAGCACAACGCCGUUUCUGUCGCAGCAAGAAUCGUUUAUCUCGCUCCGUAACAUCCGAACCUCCACCAUCGGAUUGACGGAUGCUGAGAAGAGGCUCUUUGAAUGGGUUUCCCGCCGUGCAAUUGCCAAGCUGGCGGGGGUAUUAGACUCCUCUUUCUGGGAGACGAUUGUUCUCCAGACGAGCUCGAGUGAGCCAGCCGUUAUGCAUGCGGUCCUGGCACUUUCUUCCGUUCACAAGAAUCAAAUGACCAAUACCGGCUCUGCACCAGACCAGAGACCCUCUUGCUUGGACUUCCAGGAGCGUUGCACUUUACAGCACUACAACAAGUCAAUAGUCCUUCAAAAACGCCUGACCCGCGACGACCCAGAGUCUGUUCAUGUGGCUUUGAUUUGUUGCAUUCUUUACAUCUGUUUAGAGUACAUGCGUAAGAGGUUUAAGGCUGGCCAUUCCCAUCUCAGUCACGGCUUGAAGUUAUUGGGUCCUAUUAAUAACCCUGGCCUCAAACGGGGGAACCGACUCGACGAUAUCCGCUCCAAUAUUGCCCCAGACUCGGUGGCCAGAUGUCUCCUCGACACUUUUUCGCACUUUCUCAACCAAGCGAGAUCACUGAAAGGUCCUUUAGGCGAGGAAAGACAAAGCGACGAACCACGUCCAUCACGACAGCUCCCUUGCUCUUUCGAAUCACUCAUUGAAGCUCGGUCUCAUCUGGACGAACUCCUAGCUAGAGCUCAGAAGCUAAGGCGAUGUAUCCUAGCGUUUGCGUCGAGCUCUGAUGUAUCUCAUGCGUUCGAAAUGCUUGUCGUUCAGUCAUGUCUGAGGAAUGACUUGGUAUCAUGGUCACGCGUCUACGACUCCUUCAAGGCUCGACGAUGGACUCACUUAUCGGCGCGAGAGCGCCUCGCCUUUCAUCUUCUACCCGUGUAUCACACCAUGGCGCAGAUCAUCACCGAAGCAUCUUUGCAUCCAGAUGGUGAGCUCAUCUUCGACAAGUUUACCUGGCAUUUCGAAACGAUGACGGCAUCUUCCAAGGAAAUCCUGACUGCAGCAUUACCUACGAUGGCAGCAGACCUCUCGUCGGGGCACUGCACCGCCAAAUUCAGCUUUACUGCCGACAUGGGUCUUAUACCACCACUUUACUACGUGGCGCUCAAAUGUCGCAACCGACGCAUCAGACGCCAAGCUAUUGAGCUCAUCACCGAUAACUUACAUCAAGAAGGCAUGUGGGACGCGAAACUCGCCGCGGCUGUGGCUUCGGAAGUAAUGCGAAUGGAGGAGGAAGCCUAUUAUCAAAAGUCACCUUCAACAGUCCAGAGUUUAGGAGCUAAGAGUACUGUCGGAGACCAACCAGACCUCCCGGUUCUGCCGAAAGACUGUAGAUUGCUUAAUGUUCGAUUACAGUUGCCAGAUGAUUCAACCGGCGAGCUGUCCUUCUCAGGUACAAGAAGGCGCCUAGACAGCACGUUGGAGUCGUUCAAAAAGCUCUACGAUCUGAAGGCUCGAACAUGGAAGGUCUUAGAGGAAGCUGGAGGAAACGGCUCGAACUAA